AUGUGGACAGCUUUCAUCUCAUCCCUCGUUCUUGGUGCUGGGUUUGCCACUGCUGCACCCGAAGCGUCAUGGUCUUUCGAACUCCAGAACGCGACCUCUGGAAUUCUAGCGCUUGAAGCUAUCGUCGUCUCUCCGACCGUCGUAGUAUGGUUCGACAGGGCUACCGACGACCCUUUGCAAAUCAAUAACCAUUCUGCUUGGGGUGCACUCUGGGAUCUGGAAACCAGCACCGUACAACCGCUCGACCUCAUCACCAACACGUUCUGCGGAUCUGGUGCGCUGCUCAGCAAUGGUACCAUGGCCAGUGUAGGUGGCGACCCACAGUUCUUUGCAGGAAACCCUACCGCAAAGAGUGGAUUGACUGCCAUUCGACUCUUUGAGCCUUGUGCGGCGCCGGACGGAACUGGAUGUACUAUCUUUGAGAAUCCGGACGAUCCGAGGUUCAACUUGGCCACGCCGAGGUGGUACACCAGUGCUAUUCGAAUUUUCGACGGGUCUCUCAUGAUCGUCGGCGGGACCCACACGAACGCGCUAUUCUACAACAUCGAUCCUGCGAAUUCGAUCGAGUUUUUCCCCAAGAAGGAUAACGGCGUUGUUCGACAAUCUCCGUUCCUUGCCAACAGCGGACCUUCGAACUUAUUCCCAAGGGUUUUCGCUCUCCCAGAUGGCCGCGUCUUCAUGGUCGCAGGCAAUUCAACCAUGAUCUACGACGUCGAAGCUCAGACAGAGACUCUCCUCCCGGACAUCCCUAACGGCGUGCAGGUGACAAACCCGAUGGACGGCUCCGCCAUCCUCCUCCCCCUCUCUCCCCCCGACUACAUCCCAGAGGUUCUUGUAUGUGGUGGCUCUCAGACCGAUCCCGCCACCCCACCCGCAAAUUUGUCGUCUCAGAUGCCUGCGACGACUCAGUGCAGUCGGAUUACGUUGACGGAGGAGGGCAUCGCUGCUGGGUGGCAAGUCGAGCAUAUGUUGGAGCCAAGGACCAUGCCCGAGCUGCUCCAUAUUCCUAACGGCGAGAUUCUCAUCAUCAACGGCGCCAUGAGCGGCUUCGCUGCCAUCGACAGUAUCGGCGUCACAACCGGCCAAUCCAACGCCGACCACCCCGCCCUAACGCCUUCAAUCUACAGCCCCUCCCUCCCUCUCGGUCAACGCAUCUCCAACACCGGAAUGCCAAUGACCGACGUCCCUCGUGUCUACCACUCCAGCAUCACUCUCACACCACAGGGCUUUUUCUUGAUCGCGGGAAGUAAUCCGAAUCAAAAUACGACGGCGCCGGGGCCAGGAGUUACCUUCCCCACGGAGUUCAGGGUCGAGCAUCUGAACCCACCGUCUUUGGCUGUGGGGGUGGAGAGGCCGGCGUUCGAGGUGGGAAGUAUGCCGAGUAAGUUGGCGUUUGGGAAGAGUCAAGUGGUGAAUGUUACGGUUCCGGAGGGGCUUGAUGCGACCGACCUCAAGCUGGCGUUGGUUGAUCUCGGUUUCUCGACUCAUGCGUUCCAUUCGAAUGCGCGCCUUGUCUUUAUGGACGCCACGCUCUCGGACGACAAGACACAGCUCACGUUCACCACUCCACCGAACGGGAGAGUCUUCCCACCUGGACCCGCAACGAUCUUCUUGACGGUGGACGGUAUCACGUCUACAGGCGUGCAAACCAUCAUGGGCAGUGGCGCCUCGCCUCCAGUCUCAGAGUAA